AUGUCGAAAAGAUCAUCAGAAGACGGUAGCCACCAAACCGACAAAAAAUUGAAGGGUGAUGACAAGAAGGACGAGAUUGCUAUCGAUUCGGAGCUUUUGGGACAGCAAUCGUCGUACACCAACAAUGGGCCUGAUGACUCCAGGGGAGAUAAUCACGGGGGAGACAACGACAACAACGUCAAUGCAGCAGCAGCUGCUGCUGUAGCAGCUGCAGCAGCUUCGGAACCUGCCAAUGCAGCGGCUGCUGCAUUGAGCUCACAACAACAGCACCACAGUCAACAAUUACAGCAACAUUUGGCAUACCAAAAUGCGUUCAGGCAGCAGCAACAAGUGCAGCAGCAACAGGCCCAGCAACAGCACCAUCAACACCAUCAACACGGUCACCAUGGCCAGCAUCCUUCCCAUUCGCCGCAAAACAACCUCUCGCAUUUGCAGCCUACGACUUUGCCGCAAACUUCGAGCACCUCAAAGCCGCAGCACGGGUCUGAUGAGUGGCACAAGCAGAGGAGAGAGAACCACAAGGAAGUGGAAAGGAGAAGAAGAGAAUCAAUCAACCAAGGUAUCAAAGAAUUGGCUGCGUUAAUUCCUACUAACGACACUAACAAGGCGCAAAUUUUACAAAGAGCCGUCGAGUACAUUAAAAGAUUGAAAGAGAAUGAAAAUAACAAUAUUGAAAAAUGGACACUUGAGAAGUUGUUGACAGAACAAGCAGUUUCGGAAUUGAGUGCCUCGAACGACAAGUUGAAGCAAGAACUUGAAAGGGCUUAUAGAGAGAUCGAGCAAUGGAAAAAAUUAGUGAAAGAUGAAAAGAAUAUGAAAUAA